GUCACUUGGGAGGCUGGAAUGACAAAAAGGCUUCUAGCGGACGCACUCCGUCAACUCAUUUCCCCAGAUUAUUUGUAGUCCACCUUCUUCCAACCAUGCCAGCCGUAGUAGACGCUUUCAAGAAUCUCAUCCGCAAACAUCAUCACCAUCGGCAUCCUGAUUCUGAACCCCAGCCAUACACGGCGUCUGUACCAGAGUCAAGUCACCAGCCUCAGCAUCGACAACAACAACAACAACAACAGGAGCAGCAGCAGCAGGCUAAGCUCCGAGCUGAACAGGAUUCUCAGAAGCAUCAGCAACCUGAGAAACAGCAUCAGCCUGAGAAGGAGCAGCAGCAACCUGAGAGCACACCUCAGCCUCAGCCUGCACCUGACUCUCGGCAUCAACAAAACAACAUGACUGUACCUGAGGAUCGAGAGCCAAAGAACAAAUUGCCCACCUACAAAGGCUUGGAUAACUUCAAGCUAUUGGAUAAGAUGGGAGACGGCGCAUUUUCUAAUGUUUACAAGGCAGUAGAUCUUACAACUGGGCAGACAGUCGCAGGUUCAGUUCUUCGAUUCCUCUUCUGUUAUAACCGACUGAUCAACUUUUUUAUAGUAAAAGUCGUUCGCAAAUUUGAGCUGAAUGCUUCACAGGCCGGCGAAAAACAUCUCAAUAUUCAGUUCAAGAAAAAGCCGCGCGUAACAGAGCGGGCCAAUAUUUUGAAAGAGGUGCAAAUCAUGAGGGGAACAAAUCACCCAUCGAUCGUAAAGUUGAUCUCAUUUUCCGAAUCACCAGAAUACUAUUUUCUGGUUAUGGAACUCAUGGAGGGCGGUGAAUUAUUCCACCAGAUCGUCAAGCUGACGUAUUUCAGUGAGAAUCUAGCAAGGCACGUGAUUCUCCAGGUUGCACAAGGUAUCCGUUAUCUUCAUGAGGAACGUGGUGUUGUGCAUCGGGACAUCAAACCGGAAAAUCUGUUAUUCGAGCGGAUACCCAUCAUCCCUUCAAAUGGUCUCGUACAACGUCCGUAUGACGAGGAAAAGGAAGAUGAAGGCGAAUUUAUCCCAGGGGUCGGUGGAGGCGGAAUCGGGCGAAUCAAGAUUGCAGAUUUUGGCUUAUCAAAAGUGAUCUGGAACGAGGAAACGAUGACGCCAUGCGGAACCGUUGGCUAUACUGCCCCCGAAAUCGUCAAGGAUGAGCGUUACUCACAGAGUGUGGACAUGUGGGCACUUGGCUGCGUGCUUUACACACUCCUUUGCGGGUUCCCGCCGUUCUACGACGAGAGUAUCAACGUCUUAACAGAGAAGGUCGCGCGGGGAUAUUACACAUUUUUGAGUCCAUGGUGGGAUGAUAUCAGCCAUUCUGCAAAGGAUCUCAUUCAACAUUUGUUAUGCGUGGACCCUGCUCAGAGAUAUACCAUAGAUGAGUUCCUUGCUCAUCCGUGGUGCACUGCCGCUCCUGCCCCACCACCAGCACCAUCCACUCCUGCUUAUGUCAAUUCUCCUCCGCUUGACUCUCCACUGCUUACCGCUGCUCGCGGUGGCGUUUUAGAGGCUCGUUCUCCUGGUCUCGCAACGCUCAAGGAAGCAUUCGACAUUACCUAUGCAGUCCACCGUAUGGAGGAAGAAGGUGCACGUAGGCGUGCAUACAAUGGUCGUGGCGGCGCCGGUACCCGAGGAUACCUGCAUGGACUUAACGAGGAUGAAGAAGACAAUGUCGAUGACAAAGUCCUCGUACAUGAUGCACGGAGCAGGAGAGGGGAGCUUGAGACUCGUGCACCAACACUGUUUACCCAGGGUGGGUUACCUGGCGCCGGAGCGAAGACCGUUGCAAAGCGCAAUAUUAUUGGUGGACCUAAUCAAGCAGAUCGUAGUCUUUUGGACGGUCGCGCUGGCCCAAGAGAUCGCGGUCGCCGUCAAGCUGGUGGCCCAGGUUUCCAGCUGGAUAUAGACAAUGCAACCCUACUUGGUCGUCGCAAUAAGAAGAUGGCAGGUCCUGGUAUUGCAGAGUCGAGUCCUCUAUCGCACGCUGUCCACAUAGAUGACUACUCGUUUCCGCCUGGAAGUCCGAUGCGGGUCGUCUGAUGAUGUCGGACGUACUUGGAUACCACUUAUUCUCCUCCAUGAUAGUCCUUGCUCGCCGCGUUUCAACCAAUCCCCACCGAGUUGCCUGCUCUCAUCAAUCAGUAUAAUAUCUUCAAGUACCAUAGAAUACCUUUGCUUUCAAUCGUUUUAGCCCUGCAUUCUCA